AUGGCUUCAGCAUACAGUUCGGAUCAACUGAGUCAUUUCUUGGACUACAUUGAAGUACCAGAAAGAUAUCGCCAUGUCACGCCCUCACCACAGUUGUUGAAUGUGCUUCAUGUACACACCAUCUCGAAGUUACCCUACGAAAAUCUGUCCCUGCACUACAAUCCGUCUCACGAGAUCGACCUUGAGCCUCAGAGCCUCUUCCGCAAAAUGGUAACCAACAAUCGUGGAAGAGGAGGAUUUUGCAUGGAAAUCGCAAUACUGUACAAUCACAUACUCCGUGCUAUGGGAUUUGAGGCGUACACCGCUGGUGUGAGGACACGGCGCAGAAUUGAAGGAGUACCUCGUGGAGACUUUCCGGGGUGGGGACAUAUCGUCAACAUUGUUACAUUCAGCGAUGGCUCAAAAUAUCAUGCUGACGUUGCGUUUGGUGGGGACGGUGCUACGAUGCCAAUGCCGCUAGUGGAGGGGCUGGUCCACGAAAACCUUGGAACGCAGCAAAUCCGUCUCGUGCGGGAAUGGCUGCCCUCUCAAGUCCUUCGCGUAGAAUCCAGCAAGCUCUGGAUCUACCAGUAUCGUAACCGUGAAGCUGCUGACUGGAAUUCGUUCUAUGCCUUUCCCGAAAUCGAAUUCUUGGAGCCGGACUGGGGUGUCGUUAACCAUUGGAUGAGCACACACCGGGACAGCAACCAGGUAAAAAACCUUCUCGUUGUAAAGUUUUUGCGACAAAAGAAGGUGGAGGCAGACACAGAUGAACAAACCAUAUGUGGAAAGAAAAUGAUGGUCAAUAACGUUGUGAAGCAGAACUUGGGUGGGAAAACGGAGAUUGUACAAAUAUGUGCAACCGAGGAAAGCCGGAUCUCAGCCCUUGAGGGGUUUUUUGACAUCAAGUUAAUGGAGAGUGAGAAAGCUGGUAUUCAAGGCUCCGCCUUGCGACUUUCGGUUUGA